GUCCUCUGCUUCAUCAUGGAGAGUGGUGCUAAGGGUUCUGAGGUAGUGGUGUCCAGUAAACUCAGAGGCCAGCGAGCCAAGUCGAUGAAGUUUGUGGAUGGCCUGAUGAUUCACAGUGGAGACCCUGUAAACUACGAUGUCAAUACAGCUGUGCACCACGUCCUCCUCAGGCAUGGUGUGCUGGGUAUUAAAGUAAAGAUUGCGUUGCCUUGGGACCCAAGUGGGAAGACUGGACCCCAGAAACCCCUGCCAGACCAUGUCAGCAUUGUCGAGCCCAAGGAAGAGAUCUUACCCACCGCACCCAUCUCAGAGCAGAAAGGUGGCAAACCAGAAAAGCCAGCCAUGCUUCAGCCAGUUCCCAAUGCAUAAUGGGAUUU